UCGUACUCCCCCGUCUCAGGUUUCAACCCUUUCGCUUCUGUUUGGCUUCUUUUUCCCCAUCCAGUUAGCUAGAUUGAAAACGAAUCUUUUUUUUUCUUUUCGCGGAAAAGAAAAUUUAAAUUUUCCCAUCAAACAAUCACAUGCUUGCAAUGGAAAAUAUUGAGAAUAUUGGCGAUGAGUACAAAAAUUAUUGGGAGACAAAAUAUUUCCUUGAAAACGAAGAGUACAGUUGGGCGAUGGAUGAGUUCUCCGGCUACUACGAUUCGAGUUCUCCCGACGGAGGAAGCUCCUCCGUCGCCUCUAAGAACAUCGUUUCCGAGAGAAACAGAAGGAAAAAGCUUAACGAACGCCUCUUUGCUCUCAGAGCUGUUGUUCCAAAUAUCAGCAAAAUGGACAAGGCUUCAAUUAUCAAGGAUGCCAUCGAUUACAUCCAGGAACUGCACGAUCAAGAGAGCAGAAUCCUGGCUGAGAUCACGGAAUUAGAGUCUGGAAAAUUGAAGAACAAUCCAGGGUUCCAGCACGACCAAGAGCUGCUACCUGUGCUGAGAUCCAAGAAGACCAAGCUCGACAACAUUUUUGAUUAUGGAGGAUCAACGGCUUCCCCCAUUGAAGUUCUUGAACUGAAAAUGACUCAGAUGGGAGAAAAGACGAUUGUGGUGAGCAUAACGUGCAGCAAAAGGACAGACACGAUGGUCAAACUGUGCGAGGUUUUUGAAUCUUUGAAUCUCAAAAUUAUCACGGCAAACAUCACAGCGGUCUCCGGUAGGCUGUUGAAAACCGUGUUUAUCGAGGCAGAUGAAAGGGAGAAGGAUGACGUAAAGGUGCAGAUUGAAGCAGCCAUUGCAGCUCUGAACGAACCGCAGAGUCCAAUGAGCAUGUGAUGAAUGAAUGAGUGAGCGAAUAAUAUGCGUUGCCAUUUCAUUUCACCAUCGUCUUGCCUCGUAGAGUAUUUAGCUUUAUGCCGUCUUUUAUGUUCGAAAUGUAAGCUUAAUGAGUCCAUGUCUUUGUAAAAUAAGUG